AACACUACUAAUGAAACUAAAGUGCUGCAAGAAGUUUUUCCUGUGUGUUAUCUAAUUCUAUAUUUUUUAGUGUUAUGAGUGUUUGCUCUCACAGGAAUAAUUCACAUCUGAGAUGAAAAAGAUCUUCAAACUUGACACGGCACCUCCACUACUGCCAGCCAUAUUCGCACUUUGUUGGGGAAAGAAAUUCACUGGAUGGUGGUGAGUCCUUCUGCCUUGGUACGACACCACUCUCUCAAAUACCUUUUGGAAUAGCAAUGAAGAUGUAAACCUGCAAUGUUCAAUCCUUUUCAUUCUGCUGAUUUGCUUGUGGAAUGCUUGGUUUGGAUAUCCGGCUUCAAUGCUGGAGUGGUGCAGCUAAUUACCCAUGCUAUAGGAAUAAGGCUUCUGUGUAAUAGCUUCGAUGAUUUAUCACGUGUUCUUGAGCUUUAGAGGUGAAGACACCCGCAAGACCUUCACCGACCAACUUUAUACCGCUUUGUCGGGUGCAGGUUUUCUCACGUUUCGAGAUGAUGAUGGGAUUGAGAGAGGUCAAAAUGUUAAGUCAGAACUGGACAAGGCUAUAAAAGAAGCAAGGAGUUCAAUAGUUGUGCUUUCCAAAGACUAUUCUUCUUCCGGAUGGUGCCUUGAUGAACUCGUGAUGAUCCUCGAACGCAGGAGGACAUCAUCGGGGGCCGGGCAUGUAGUUUUACCUGUCUUCUAUGAUGUGGAUCCCUCACAAGUUAGAAAGCAAACAGGGAGCUUCGGAGAGGCAUUCUGUAGACACGAAGAGCGAUUAAAUGCGGAAACCAACGAAAGUAAAAAGGAGUACUUGAGGGAAAAGGUGCAAUUAUGGAGGGGAGCACUUAGAGAAGUUGCUGAUCUUGCGGGGAUGGUCUUGAAAAUUCAAGCUGACGGGCAUGAGUUGAAAUUUAUCCAGGACAUUGUAAGAGUGAUUGGGAAUAAAUUGAACCGACCAGUUUUACACGUUGCCCACAACCUUAUUGGAAUUCAAUCUCGAGUCAGAAACAUCAAUUCAUGGUUACAGGAUGAGUCCAAUGUUGGGAUAGCAGUGAUUUAUGGGAUGGGUGGAAUAGGCAAGACAACUAUUGCCAAAUUUGCUUAUAAUUUAAACAUUGAAAGAUUUGAAGCUAGUAGCUUUCUUGCAAAUAUUAGAGAAAUUUCAGAAGGACCUGAGGGUUUGGUUCAUUUACAAAGGCAAUUUCUUUCAGACAUUUUAAAAAGAGGGAAGGAAAAAAUACGGUGUGUUGAUGAAGGAAUCAGUAAGAUUAAAGAUGUCAUUUGUUGUAAAAGAGUUCUUGUAGUUCUUGAUGAUGUGGAUGACCGAGCCCAGUUUGACGCCUUAAUCGGAAUGCGUGAUUGGUUUCAUCCAGGGAGUAAAAUUAUCUUAACCACCAGGAACAUUCAUCUGUUGAAGGCUAAUGAAGUUGAUGAGUCAUUUGAGGUGGUGGGAUUAGAUUCUUAUGAAUCAUUGGAGCUUUUCAGUUGGCAUGCCUUUGGACAAGGCCAUCCCAUUGAGGGUUUCACUGAGCUUUCGCAAAGGGUAAUACAACACUGUGGAGGGCUUCCUUUAGCCCUUCAAGUUUUGGGUUGUUCUCUAUCUGACCAUAGCUUAGACAUAUGGAAAAACACAUUGCAGAAACUGGCAGCUAUUCCCAAUUCAAAAAUCCUUAAAAAGUUGCAAAUAAGCUAUGACUAUCUAGAUGAAAAUGACAAGGAAUUGUUCCUCCACAUUGCUUGUUUCUUUAUUGGAAAGGGCAAAGAUUUCAUAGUAAGAAUUCUGGAUGAUCUCUACCCAACAGUUGGGAUUCAAACUCUCAUUGACAGAUGUCUGUUAACUAUUAAUGGACACAACAAGUUGAUGAUGCACCAACUUCUCCAACAAAUGGGAAGAGAAAUUGUUUGCCAAGAAUCACCCAAGGAGCCGGGUAAACGUAGCAGAUUGUGGCACUAUAAGGAUUCCUUUAAAGUAUUGAGUGAAAAAAUUGGAACAGAAACAAUUGAGGGCCUCUACUUUGACAUGCAUCAUGUGUUGGAGGAAGAUCGUCAUCAUGUGCUGGAGACAGAUUCUCGGUUAAGGGAAAAUUUUGGUUUUAGUAAUGUAAAGCGUCCCCGCUUCGAAGAACUUAAUCAUGAAUCAUUGUCUUCUGAACAAGGCUAUUCAUUGAAACGGCGUUGUCUUAGUUUGUUCAUUUGGCGCUCAACAAACAAUGUCGGAAGAAGUUCAGAUCAGGUGGGGUUGAGGACUGAUGCAUUUACAAGGAUGCACAAUCUUAAAUUGCUCCAGCUCAAUAAUGUAGAAAUCAAGGGAAGAUACGCAAAUUUCCCUGGAGGAUUAAGAUGCUUGACUUGGCAUGGCUUCCCUUUAACAUCCAUACCUACUGAGUUUUCUCUAAAGAGACUGGUUUCUCUUGACUUGCGCUAUAGCAAAUUGGAGCAAGUUUGGAAGGGAGAAAUGUUUCUGACAUCAUUGAAAAUCCUCAAUCUCAGUCAUUCCCAUGGCCUCAAGAAUACCCCCAAAUUCACUGGACUCCCUAAUCUCGAGAAAUUGGUCCUUAAGUAUUGCAUAAGUUUGGCAGAGGUUCAUGAAUCGAUAGGGGAAUUAGAGAGUCUUGUUUUGUUGAAUCUCAGAGGCUGCAAAAAUCUUAAGAAGCUUCCCUGUGAAAUUGGUCAUUUAACAUCCCUAGAAAAACUCAUUCUCUCUGGUUGUUCAAACCUUGAUCAGUUGCCUGCAGAGCUCGGACAGAUGAAAUCCAUAACAGUGCUCCAUGCAGAUGGAAUUUCCCAAGACAUUUGUAAGGAUGGAUCAUGGACUUCCCUCGUCUGGUCUUUGGUAUUGAAAUCGAGAAAAAGUCCAAAAACAUUGCCUUCUUUACCUUGCUCACUUGUAGAAUUAAGUCUUUCAAACUGCAAUCUGUCAAGUGAUGAUCUUGCGAAAUCUCUUGGGAGCUUCUCUGUGUUGAAGGACUUGAAUCUGAGUGAGAAUCCGAUUUCCCACUUACCAGAGAGCAUCAAAGGUCUUACUGUGCUCCAAUCACUUAAGCUAAACUAUUGCACAAGACUCCAAUUGCUGCCUGAACUUCCAAUGACUUUAAAAAGGUUGGAGUUAUACUACUGUAUUUCACUGGAAAGGAUCACAAAUCUUCCUAACCUGUUGACAUCUUUAGAUUUUGACAUGUAUCGUUGUAAAGUAGUUUGGGUUCAGGGGAUGUUCAAGUUAGAGCCCAUUGGAAAUGUUGAUGCAGAAAUCAUUAACGAGAUGGGCUUAUCAUCUGAGUUGGAGGCCAUGGGAAGCCUUGAGGUUGAAUUGUAUAACCCGUUGUAUGCCCCGUACAGAUCCAGAAUGAAGGGUUCAAUUCAGGUACUACAUGAAUGUGGUAUAUACAACAUAUUUCUUCCAAGGAGUGAGGUGCCUGCUGGCUGGUGCAGUAGCUAUAAGAGAAUGGGGUCCUCGAUAACAUUCAACGUGCCUUCACUUCCUAAUCUCAAGAUCCAAGCCUUGAAGAUAUAUGUUGUCUCUUCAUGUUUCUGUGAUUAUUACAAGAUCUGUUAUCCCAAUUUGUUCGACUAUAUCACACUCAACAAUAUGACCAAGGGUCUGAAGUGGGCCUACAGCCCAUUGUUCAGAUGCAUUCCUUCAGAUGACUGUAUGAUGGUAUGGUUAAGCCAUUGGAAGAUUGGGAAUCACUUAAUAUUGGAAGCUGGUGAUGAAGUGAAUGUGUCAGCGGGCUUACAAGAGGACUGUUGUUUGGUAAAGGAAAUUGGAGUUAAUGUUGUGUAUGAUGAGCCUGAAGAGAAGGGUAGCCAACACCAUAAAGCCUAUUCUCAUCAUCAAAAUGUCACCAAUGUUGGAGAUCUAUCAGCAUAUCAAUUGAGACCAGGCUAUUACCAUCUAUGCCAUUAUGGUAACCAUCAAACAUACCACCGAAAUGGUAUUGUAGGUAAAUCUGAAAAGAUUAUAUUUGGGGAAUCUGAAGAUAUUGCAGGGAGAUCGUGGUCUACUGAUGAAGAACGUGCUUGGUUUAUUGAUGAAGAAUCUGCACGCUUUACUAAUGAAGAGUGAGAAAAGAGAUAAAAGAGGAAGAAGUAUACGUUGGCAAUAGUUGGGACACGUAACAGCAAUGAUGGACACCCUUUCGAUUUGAUAUGUUUGGGUUGUUGGUAUUUUAUGGACUACUUUAUAAUUACUGAUGUUAUUGUAGCCUUACAUUGCGCUUGAAAAUCUUGUAUCGAUAUGUCCUUGCAUUGAA